AUGGAGCCCUACGAGAAACUUGAUCCACUCGUGUGGGCUCUGGAUAGAGGAAGUCUCAUGCGAGAAGCCUGGGACGGCAGCCCGAUUAGACUUGCUACUUUGGCUUGCCUGGUGGUGUGCAUAUCGAUUAUGAUUUGGUACGUUCGGCCGAAUUCUCAGGCACUUGUACCAGGCGUCCUGGUUGUUGGAGGCAGCGAUAAGAAAAGUGUGCGGGAAAGCCGAGAGAAGUUUCGACAAUUUGCAAAGGAAAUGCUGGAGCGCGGUUACAAAGAGUCCGGCGGGGGGUUCUUCUACGUCCCUAGCCCACUCGGAGAGCGGUUGAUGUUGCCUGCCAGCUGCCUCGAUGAGCUGAAAACUGCGCCUAUAGACCACAUCGACUUUGUUGCUACAUUCAUCGAGAUGUUCGAAGGGAAAUAUACAACUAUGGGCAGCAGAUCAACUCUACACCCACGUGUGGUGAAAGCUCAACUGAACCACCAUUUGGACGAGGUCAUGCCCGCCGUCCAGCAGGAGAUUAUCGAGGCCUUCCAUGAUGUUUUUCCAGAUUGCGAAGACUGGACGCCAGUCCCUGUUGUUGAAGCACUUACACAGAUUGUGGCCAGGGUGUCAAGCUGCAUGUUCGGAGGACGUGCUCUAGCUCACGACAAGGCAUGGGUCCAGUCAUCCAUCAACUUCGCCAUCGAUGGAUUCAUAGGCGCGCAGAAGAUCAAGAAGUACCCCGAAUUCUUGAAACCAUUGGCUGCUCGGUUCAUGCCAGAAAUCACAAGCAUAGCGAAGCAUUAUGAGGCCGCAGAAGCUGCAGCGAUUCCUAUCCUCGAAGCUCGGCAACGCAGCGGAGAGAAGGCUUUGGAUCUGCUCUACUGGAUGUCUGAACAGGCCGUUGGCCCGGAAAAGGACCUAAAGUUUCUUGCCAGCAUCUUGCUCAAGGUCAGCUUCGCUGCCAUACACACUAGUGCCGCAGCCCCAGCGCAACUCAUCUACGAUCUGUGUGAGCAUCCCGAGUAUAUUCAGCCUCUCCGUGACGAAAUUGAGAGUGUUAUUGAUGCCGACGGCACGAUAGCCAAGUCCAGCUUCCUCCGCAUGACAAAAAUGGACAGUUUCAUGAAGGAGAGCCAGAGGUUCAAUCCGUUGCUGCUGAUCACGUUUGAACGUGUUGUUCACCGCCCAUGGACUUUGUCUUGCGGCUUGACGAUCCCAGCCCACACCACGGUUGGAAUUCCGACACAAGCCAUCACCAUGGACCCCAAACUGUAUCCCAACCCCGAGGUAUUUGACCCCUUCCGCUUUGAGAGGAUUCGAAAAGAGAACCCCGAGUUCGAGGGGCGAGCCCAGUACGUUGCAUCAAACCCGUCCUCCAUGGCUUUUGGAUACGGGCGUCAUGCUUGUCCAGGUCGUUUCUUCGCCGCUCAGGAAAUCAAGGCCAUCAUGGCAUACCUGCUACGAAAAUACGACAUCCGCUUUUCGGAGGGCCAGAGUCGGCCAGAGAGUCUCCGUGCGGAGACUCAGUUCCUGCCGCACCCAACAGCAACUGUGGAAUUUAGAGCAAGAGACAUAUAA